CCUCACUUACCGCCCCCGAAAGAGGACGUUGGUCCUCGCAAGCCCUCACCACAAGAUAUAGCUAGGUCUAUGAAUACGAUGUGGAAUUAUCUCGACGAUUGGGACGAGGACCAUUGCAUUAAUGUAUGUGAAGCGUCCUGGACUGCGUGCCGAUUGAGGAGUUGCGACCACCUUCCUGGGGUUCGAAAGCAAGAG